AUGACCUGUAACAGAGGAUCAAGCCAUAGAGAACAUCAGAGAAACGAGAUUCCAGAAAACCAUUCCCCAUGUGACAAAUGGGGACAAGCCUUCAAGGACUGUGUCCAAACUUGUGAACAUUUCACAAAAGUGAUUAAACAUCACAGAAUUCACACUGAUGAGAAAGCUUGCAAAUGUAAAGUAUAUGGGAAUGCCUUUAGUGAAUCUUCCCUUCUAAAUAGUCAUGAGAGUAUCCCUUCUGGAAAGCAACCAAUCCAAUGUGAAUUAUGCAGUAAAUCACUCAAUAAUUCCUCAAUUCUUACUGGUAUUGACAGAAUCCAUACAGUAGAGAAGCCUUACAAAUGUAAAAGAUGUUACAAAGCCUUUAACUGGCACUCAAGUGUUAUUAAACAUCAGAGGAUUCAUUCUGGACAGAAACCUUACAGAUGUAAAGAAUGCAGCAAGUCCUUUACUUAUUCCUCAAGUCUCACUGUGCACCAAAAAGUUCAUACCGGAGAGAAACCUUACAAGUGUAAAGAAUGUGGCAAAGCCUAUAAGCAGGGUUCGCACCUUAAUCAACAUAAGAGAAUUCAUUCUGGACAGAAACUUUUCAAAUGUGAAGAAUGCAGCAAGUCUUUUUAUUAUUCCUCAAGUCUUAAUGUGCACCAAAAAGUUCAUACAGGAGAGAAACCUUACAAGUGUAAGGAAUGUGGCAAAUCCUUUAGUUAUUCUGCAAGUUACAAUGUGCAUGAGAGAAUCCAUACUGGAGAGCAUCCCUACAAGUGUAAAGAAUGUGGCAGAUUCUUUAAGUGGAGGUCACAGUUUACUAGACAUCAGAGAAUUCAUUCUGUGCGUGUACCUUACAAGUGUAAAUAA